CUGAAAAGCCCGCUAGCUAGCUACCGAAACUAGUUGUGUACAGCGGCGUGUCGCGGUGCCUAUGGACUCUCCGUAGCGAGCAGACCGUGCGCUCUGCCCUUCACCCGUCUUCGCAAAGGAGUCAUGAGCCGCUCUUUUCUCAGGGACUCGUCUUCCCUUUUCUGCCGCGAAUACGAAUCUCGGACGACCGUCUCCGUCGUAGCCAGCAGCCCCGGCCUGAGCGGUGCCGCGGACGGAACAGCACCAGUCGUGCACGGUGCGUGAAAGCCCGGAGGAUCUCGCGCGGUGGCAGCGACGUCAAGGGCUGGCGGUGGCGGCCGGUUCAGGGGGAUGUCGGCUGGCCGUCACUUUUGACAUCGGCCUCAGACGCAACUGAACGGGUGCAACGUGGGGUUGCUGAAGAGACUUGGCAGAAACCAUGCUCCUCUGUGUACUCCGUCCCUGGGACAGUGUCAGCCGAGCGUCAGAGUGAGCUGUGUCCCCGAAUAGUCUUGCUGAGGGUCACACACAUCCGCACCCCUGCGGCCCCCAGCUCCACCUCCCUCAGCUUCAACCAAUCAAAUGCACCCAGACAGUAAACUGACCAACCAUGGCAAGCAAGUGAACAGCGGCGCCCAGUCCCAGAUCCCCAAUGUGAAUCAGCAGCAGCAGCAGCAGGGACCUGCCGGCAACCUGGGGCCAAAGGGGGUGGGGGCAGGGAACCAUGGGGCGAAGCCCAAUCAGAUUUCCCCAGGAAAUUCUGGGCUGAAGAGCACCUGCCAGUCCAGCAGCAGCGUGGCGGGGGUGCUGAAGGGCAAGGCCAAGCGGGAGAGGAGUGUGUCCAUGGACGCAGGUGACCAGAGGGACGCCCUCACACCUGUCCUCGAACCCGAUGCCAAAGUAGAGGGCGUGAUGCGGAGCAAGCGCCGCUGCGUCCUGGAGAAGAAGCAGCCGUACAGCGGGGAUGAGUGGUGCUCAGGAGCCGACACGGAGGAAGAUGAGGACAAGCCACCCGCUGUCCCGCACCGGGAACUUUCUAUGGCAGGCCCCAUCCAGCCCCUCUCUGGCCCCUCCCCAAUGGGGUCCAUCAACGAAUCGACUAGCUCCACUCUGGGGCGGGGAAUGGUCCCAGCACUGCACUCUGAGCUGCCCCGGCCUCACCAGCAGGUGGUGUACGUCUUCACCACUGGCCUAGCUAACAGUGCGGCAGAAGCAGUAAUCCACGGCCAUGCUGACUCCAUCCUUGUGUUUCACCAGCAGAAUGUCCCCCGUACCAAACUAGACCAGUGCACUGCAGUAAAGCUCCCCAGCCUAUCAGAGCAGCUGAGUUCCAGCAGCACCCCUCCCACCGGCACGCCCAAAUCCCAGAGCGGGACGCCUCGGCCAGCCUCUGUUGGGGGGACGGUAGGGGGACAUUUGCACCCUGCGGGGACCCCAACCUCUGCAGGCCACCCCGAGGACGAGCCCCCCCAAUCCAGGCCUGGGGGCGCCUCUGGUAGCAUGAGCAGCGCAGCUCCUCAUCCACCAGGGGGCGGCAGCGUGCCCAGCCUCGCAGCGGGAGGAUCCGGAUCGGGAGGUUCGGACGGGCCAGGCCUGCUGCCCCACGCCAGCGCCGGCAUCUCGCCUUCCCCCAGCCCGGCGGCGCUGCCCGGGCACCUGCAGGGCGAGCCGGGGCAGCGGGGCGGGCAGGGGAACACGGACGGGCUCUCCAAGGAGCAGCUGGAGCACCGGGAGCGCUCGCUGCAGACGCUGCGCGACAUCGAGAGGCUGCUGCUGCGCAGUGGCCCCGGCGCCGGCCCCGGGGACCCGGGGGGCCCCAACGGGAACCCCAGCAACAUCAACAACAACAACAGCAACACGGGCGGGCCCAACGCCGGCAGCAACCUCGAGAGCGGCGAUGGCGCCAACUGCAACCCCGGGAACUGCAACAGCAAUAACGGCGGCGUGCUCCCGUCAGCCCUGCCCCCGCUGGGGCCCAUGAAGAAGUACGAGGAGCCCCUGCAGUCCAUCAUCUCCCAGACGCAGAGUCUGGGGGGGCCGGGCUUGGACGACCCCCCGAUGGGGCCCCACCACGGCCUGCCGCCCCUCCACAACCCCGCCCACCCGCACCACCACCUCUCCUCGCCCUCCGGCCUGGACAUGGUGUCCGUGCUGGGGCCCGACGGGCUGACCCCGGAGCAGAUGGCCUGGAGGAAGCUGCAGGAGGAGUACUACCAGGAGAAGCGGCGGCAGCAGGAGAUGAACCCCCACCAUUACAGGAUGAUGCCUGAGAUGGGCAUGGGGGGAGGGCCGCCGUUCAUGAUGCGGGGGCCUCCUCCGCCCUACCACAGCAAGCCAGGGGAGCCACAGUGGGGCCCCGGGCCCAUGAUGGGCGGCGGCAUGGGAGGGGGUGGGAACGGACGCUUGAUAGACAUGCACCAAGAGGGCCCCCGGGGCCCGCGCUUCCUGGGACAGAUGCAGAGAGGACCGCCUCGUGGCGGGGGGGUGGGGGGUUAUCCUGGUAAUCCGGGAGUUCUGCCAAUGGAAGCUAUGGGGCACCAGAGGCCCCCCAGGCCAGGUAUGGUCUGGCUGGAUGAUGUGCCCCCCAACAUAGCAGGAGGGGGUCCAUUUCAGGGAUGCUACCCUCCUGGUGGGCCCGGUGGUCCCCCUCAGCACCUGCAGGGCGAUCCCGAUCGACCUUUGACCCGGGAGGAGAUGUUUCGCUUGCUGGAGAAGAGGCAGCUGCAGGGGCUACACAGGCUGGAACUGGACAGGUUAGCCAAGCAGCAGCAGGCCGGCCUGGGUGGGCCCAGGCUGAUGGACACCCCUGGGGGCGGAGGUUUCCCUAAUUCUGGGAUGGCAGGAGGCCCGCCCCCGCGGGGGGACCCCAUGGACUUCCCGAACUCGCGAGCGAUGAUGGGCUCUCCCAUUGGGGGCGCAGGGGGAGGUGGCCCUCCCAUGAGAGACCUGGUGGACUCUCCUCUGGGGCCCAACUUCGGCAUGAACGUGAACAUGAGCAUGAACCCACAGAUGAGCGGCCAGCAGCAGCAGAUGAUGCUGGUGCAGAAACUGCGUGGAGGCCCGGGGGGUGGGGGGCCUCUCGGGGAGAUGCUCAGCCCUGAGGAGAUUUCUCAGAUCAGGGCGGCGCAGAACGGCCGAGGGGGUGGAGGAGGGGUCGGGGCGCUGGGCAACAAAAGCAUGAUCCCAGGUGGAGGGGGUCCUCUUCAGUUCCCCAACCAGGGGCCCUUUCCGGGGGGUCAAGGGGGAGGCGGGUACCUUCAGGAGGGGGGUCCAGACGUGUUUGGGUCUGACCAGCAGGGACCCCCUCACAUGGGUGGGACCCCCAGGCUCAGUCACAUGCCCAUGAACUCGGGUCCACGAGGUGCAGACCUUGGCUCGCGUCACCCGUCAGACCUUUCCAUCAAUGUCAACCCAAUGGGCUCCCCAGCCAUGCCGCCCCCUCACCAGCUCAAGUCCCCCUCCAUUAGCCAGGAGGCGUCACCCCUGAUGCCCUCUCCCUCUGCCCCGAGCCUCAAAUCUCCCAGUCAGAUGCCCUCAGCGGGCCCUCCUCCACCCUCACUGCCAGCCACCACCGGUGCCGGGCCCCCGUCCUCUUCCAUGAAGUCUCCUCAGGUGAUGGGUCCCUCCUCUCUGGGGUUACGCUCCCCCGCGGGGUCUCCUGGACGCGUCCGAUCGCCGGCCAUGCCCAUCGCCUCCCCUGGGUGGACGGCUUCUCCAAAGACCACCAUGCCCAGUCCAGUAGGGCCACCCAGCGGCAAGGGAGGCGGUAACGGUGGGAGCAGCUCCAAUGAAAUAGGCCCGUCGCUGCCUCCGAGGAGUACAAACUCGACACCAAUCAGCCAGCCCGGCUCUAUGAAUCCCAGCAUGCCAUUCACCUCCUCUCCAGACGCCCCUCCGUCUCAGAACCCACUGUCUCUGAUCAUGUCUCAGAUGUCCAAGUACGCAAUGCCCAGCUCCACUCCACUCUACCAUGAAGCAAUUAAGACCAUUGCCACCUCUGAUGAUGAGAUGCCUCCAGACCGCCCCUUGCUGUCUGGCGUCAACAUGCCCGCAGGAAACAUGGGGAAUCAUCAGACCUCCCAGAUGCUUGCAUCUCAGAGCGCCAUGGGGCCUCACAGUGGUUCACAAAGCCCUAUGGGGAUGGUCCUUCAGGGGCAGGCUCAGCUUUCCCAUGAUCCCUCUGGGCCCAUGCUACACUCCCCUAACCCCAUGGGAAUACCUGGCAUGAACCCAGCCAUGAUGGGAGGUGGGGGCGGUCCCCCAGACGGGAUGGGACCCUGCAACAUCUCGCCCAUGCUCCCCCAAAACCAGAUGGGUGGCUUCUCCCGAAUGCAGACCCCUUCUCACGGGCCCCUGCACUCGCCCAGCCCUGGGAUGGGCCAGCAAUACCCCCAGCCCCCGGAGGACGUCCUCCCUCACCAUCAGCUCCACCUCCUCAACAAGGGCCUGUCCCACCAGCGGCCUCCGGACUCCUUCCACCCCAUGCCCAUGGGAGACGGCCCGGACCUGAGUGACGUGAUCCGUCCCACGCCCACCGGCAUCCCGGAGUUUGACCUGUCGCGCAUCAUUCCAUCCGACAAGCCCAGCAGCACCCUGCAGUACUUCCCCAAGAGCGAGGGCCUGUCCCAGCCGCAGCCCAACCCGCAGCCCCCGCCGACGCCCCAGCACCUCAAGCAGCACCCGCCCCCCGGCCCCCCGCACAGCACCAGCAACCCCUCCUCCAACCCCCACAUCGCCAACCUGCAGAACAUGAUGGCGGAGCAGCAGCUGCCCCCGCCUCACCCCUCCCACUCGGUGAUGCGCUCGGGGCUGGGCAUGCCUCCGGGGGGGCCCAGGGGCAUGGUGCCCGGGGGGGGCAUGGGGCCCAUGUGCCACCCAGGACACGGGAUGGGCAGGACAGGCAUGAUGUCCCAGCAGCAGCAGCAGCAGCAACAGCACCACCUACAGCAGCAGCAGGCUAUGAUGGCCAACAGCCUCCUGCAGCACCCCUCCCACCCCCACCCCGGUAUGAUGUCCCCCCAGCAGCAUCAGCAGAACAUCAUGGCCCAGCAGAACCUGAUGAUGAUGCAGGCCAAGCAGCGCAGCAUGUCCGUCCCAGGGGAUCCUUACGGCCAGCAGGGGCCGCUCAUGUCCCCUCAGGGCCCCAUGAUGGGCCCCCCACACCCGCAGUCAGGCAUGAUGGGCCCCCAGGCCCUCAGACAGCGGGGCAUGUCCCUGGACAGCCCCUUUGGUUAUGGCCCCGGAAGCAUGGCCAACAUGCCCUUUUGAACCCA